AUGACAAAAAUUUCGGCUGUUACCAAACUGGCAACGUCGCUUGCAACUAACGUGCUUCUUGUGGGUGGCUGCUACGGUGGACUCAGUGCCCUUGUUCACUUGAGGAACCUGUUGAAGGAAAAGACUCUCUCAAAAAGAGUCAAUGUGACGCUUGUGGAGCCAAAAGCUGGCUUAUUCAAUAUCCUCGGUGUGCCUCGUGCCAUCGUGGACCCGGAGUUUGCGAAAACACAGUAUGUUCCCUUAGACGAGUUCAGAACUCUCCAUUUCGACCACUUGGUGUCUGACGACAAGUAUGUUUUGCAGACUGCCGGGCCCAAGAUCCAGCCUGGCGUCAAUGAACACGUGGAAGUCACGUAUGUGCAAGGAAAAGUGACGAAAUUGGGCAAGCAAGAAGCAGAGUACUCGUUGAACGGUGGUGCCGGGGGAACAGAGAAAAUCACGUUCGACUACUGUGUUUUGGCAGCAGGAAGAAACAGAACAUGGCCCACGUCGCCAGACGCAAUUAAUACGGAAAGCUUUUUGGAGGAGGUGACGAAGUUCAACUCCACAGUGAAACAGAGCAACCGCAUCGCUGUGGUGGGCGCUGGAGCUGUGGGCAUUGAGAUCGCCGGCGACAUUAAGACGAAGCACCCAGAUAAGGAGGUGAUGCUCAUCCACCCACACGCCACUUUCCCACCAGAAAAGCUCUCUGACGAGUUCAAGCAGAAAGUGAGGGAGAGUCUUGAGCGGGCCAAUGUCAAGGUGAUGACAGGAUUGCGUGUGAAGCGGGAGUUGGAAAAUAAGAACUUGGAGCUCACAAAUGGCGACAUCAUCGAGGCAGACUUCACCUACUGGUGUACGUCUUUUAAGAAUAAUACUGACCUUCUUGGUGAAGAGCUUAGCCACUUUGUCUCGCCCAAGAACAACGUCUACAUCAACGGGUAUCUUCAACUUGCACACCCUGAGACCAGUGAGGUGAUUGAGAAUAUCUUCUGUGUGGGAGACAUGACAGAGACGCCAAACAUCAAAACAGCCGGAUGGGCCAUCUCGAUGGGCAGACACGUGGGCAAUUACUUGCUGAGUCUCCUUGUCGACGGCAAGCUUUCGGGCGACGAGUUUCCCGUAGACCGUCCUAGCGCCAUGCUUCUUGUAUGUGGUAAUGAAGACAUCAUCUCUGAGGUGGGCGGCGAGGUUGUGGUAAACAAGCCCAUCUACAUAGAGCAGUACAAGACGUACAAGUUUGCCACGGUGAGGAACACUCUUGGAAUCUGA